CAUUCAUCACUUCUGCCAAUAUUUCAAUCCACUGUUCUCAAGCACAGAGUAAUAUGGGGAUAAUUUGGAUAAGGGUGGACAAAGUAAGCUCUUACUUUGAUGUAAGUGCCAGGCGUGAAGUUUAUGAAUGAAAUGAAAGAACAAAACAUCCCUGUAUUCCUCGCACGUGAGUAAUCGCGCGCUCGUCACGUGACUGUCGUUUGCAGUCAUGGCCGACGACUACAGACGAAGCGUCGAGCUGGAGAGGAGGAUUUUUGAGUUAGAUAACAAGUGUGCCACUCUUCGGACGGAGAAACCAGAUGAUGACUACUUACAGAAUGCAUCUUCCAUACUAGACAAGUUGAAAACCCAUUAUAGACAUGGAGGAGAGAGCAGCAGCCUCCCUAAACUGCUGCAGGAUUAUACACAGGUUGUCUUGGACAUUACAUUCUAUGAGGAAAACAGGCUUGUAGAUCAGGAGUUUCCUGAGGACACUUCCCCUUUUAAAAUUCAGCAGUUACUACAGGACUUGACAGAGCCAGAGGUGUUAGCAGGGCGACUGGUACCUGCACAAGAGGUGCAGUCUGUGCUGGGGCUGGAGCUGCUGGAGUGCCUAUACUGGAGGCGUGGGGCAUUAUUAUAUAUGUACUGCCACACACUACACCAACGCAAGCAAUGGAUCAAGAAGAACAAAGCCACUUUCCUUAAGUGUCUUCAAGAAGGUGUGCGUUACCUUAUGAGAAUGUUGCAAGUGAGGAACUCAGUCAAGCUGAACGAUGGUGUGGUUUUUCAUGACUCCGCAACCGCCAAUUUUCUGGCAGAAGGUAUCUUUUCUGAUACUCACUUGCUUACAAUGAUGUACAUUGGUGAGAUGUGUUUCUGGGCAGUGAAAUAUGAGGACUGCAGCAUGGACACCACAGAGCGCAAAGAGGACAGGCUUCAUUUCCGAGAUAUUGGCACACAAAUCCUCCAUAAGUACGUGCUGGCAUGCGAGGGGCCACUUCAGGGUCAGGGCUGGAACACAGAGAAUGCCAAGGAGAUCCUUAAUAUUUUACAGUAAACCUGGAGAGAGCUUUUAGGAGAGGAGAUUCACAAAAAUGUCAUUGUUCUGAAGCUAGCAAAAAAAAAAAGAAAA